AUGUGCGCGAUACAAAUAGUAAGAGUUCCAGUCAGACGCGCGCAACCGUCCAUCCACCCUCCCCAGCCCCAAGCAGGUCGUUCUUGUCCAGGCACAAGUCGCCCUUGUCCUCUAAAUCGCGCAACUACACCGAGUUCUACAUCCCCCUCCGACGACCCUCCACCGCAACAGUACGCCCCCGGAGACAUCAUCAGUGGAUCGGCCCCUCCAACUGAAGUCACCAAGCCAUUGAGGAUUACACAUUUGGUAGUCUCGUUGCAUGGGUAUGCCCAGGUCUUUAAGAACCCUAAUGCGCCCGGCGAUGCAUACAAAAACUACUGCACCACCGUUGGAUCCGGUAAGGGCAAAAGAGCAGGCAGCUAUUAUGGCAACGGCUUUGUAUCACUUUUCGAGGACGAGGUAGUCCUAUGUGGCGAGGGGAGGUUGUCCGAAGGCGUAUAUCACUUCAAUUUCGAACUCGAGUUUCCCUCAAAAGGCCUACCAAGCAGCAUCGACACUCCACAGGGACUUGAACCACCACGAACAGCACAAGGCUCGGAUCCAAAUGGUACUACAGAAGAAGCAGAAUGUCCGCGCAGCCCAUCACCGAGUGACGUGAGCUACGAGAGCCAGAUGAGCAGUGGUGGCGCCUCGGGAACCGAGUAUGGCGUUCGUUCAAUCCAUACUGCAACAGACGGGAUGACCAAAUCGGACGGAAGCCGGACACCAGCGAAAGGAAAGACGAUAACAGCGACCAUAGAUGUUCUCAAAGGGGGCUUCCUCCGAGGUGACCAAAUACCUAUCAAGGUGACUGUGAACCACACCAAGCAUGUCAGAAGCUUGAAUGGCAUCGUCGUGACGUUGUACCGUCAAGCCAGGGUAGAUAUGCACCCGGCUUUGCCAGUCGCGCCAAACAGUAAGGGUGACAAGAAGAAGACCGAAGAUUAUUACCCGAAAUCUCGCACAGGCCUCGGCGGACUUUCUCUGUCAUCUGCGGGAUCAAGUCAUCUAUUCCGGAAGGAUCUGUCACAAUCGUUUGCACCACUUUUCGUCGACCCAAGGACGCUUACUGCCGAGGUAAAAUGCGCUGUGCGAGUGCCAGACGAGGCGUUUCCUACGAUCUCAAACGUGCCUGGUGCCAUGAUAUCGUUCAAGUACUACAUCGAAGUGGUCGUGGAUAUUCAGGGUAAAUUGACGGGACUAGAUCGCAUGGUUGCUAAUGCUGGUCUUGUGAACGUUCCCUCAGGAGGUGCUAGCUUGGGACGCGAGGACGCUUCAAGUAACAUGUUCUCGACCUACGGUGGCAACUUUGUUGACACGGAUCAGAUUCGGCGCGAAAAGGGGGUCAUCUCAUCUCUUUUCGAAGUCAUUAUUGGUACCAAGGACAGUGAUCGAAAUGGCAAGCGCAAGCAAACCCGGGUUCCUGACGUCGCAGAACUUAUCCACAACAUUUCGAAUGAGCCGAACAGCGAGCCGAUUGUCGCAGAGGGCUAUCAUCAGGAAUAUUAUGACUAUGACGAGAACGGGCAGUACUACGAUUACGACUACAAUUACGACCCUGCAUAUUAUGAAGUCCCUGGAUACGAACAACACAGUCAGCGUGGAGAGUCCUCAUAUCAUGCACCCCCACAAGUUCCGGAUGAUGACCAAGGACUUUCAGAAAAAGAACUCUCCAUCGUCAGUUUCCGCUCCAGCGCCAAACUAUGA